AUGGUAUUCGCUGGAAGAAAUCUUAAUAUGACAUCCUCGAACACAAUACCAACAGCUAAAACUUUGUGCAAUUUCAGUGAGAUAUUAAACAUAUCAUCUGGAGGUAGUGGAGAACAACUGAAUGGACAGGACCAGAGGGAAAUGAAUAACACCGCAUCUCAGGAAUUUUCGACAGGGGAAAUUGUCGCUGUCAGCUUUGUUUUUGGCGUGAUCUGGCUCAUUGCAUUGUUUGGGAACUCACUUGUCUGCCUUGUGAUCCACCGGAGUCGAAGGACACAAUCAACAACUAAUUAUUUUGUGGUGUCUAUGGCUUCAGCAGAUUUGCUCAUCAGUGUGGCCAGCACUCCCUUCGUCCUUUUGCACUUUACAACGGGGAGAUGGUUGUUAGGAGAUGCCAUGUGCAAGUUGGUUAGGUACAUCCAGUAUCUCACUCCUGGAGUGCAGAUUUAUGUCCUUCUUUCCAUCUGCGUGGAUAGGUUUUAUACUAUUGUGUAUCCUUUAAGUUUCAAAGUGUCUAGGGAGAAGGCCAAGAAAAUGAUUGCAGCAUCCUGGAUUUUUGAUGCUGCAUUUGUAUCUCCAACUUUGUUUUUCUAUGGCACAGAAGGAGGUACCUGUAAUUUGUUCCUACCCCAAUCCUGGAGUGGUAUCAUCUACGGUACUGUUCACUUUUUACUGGGAUUUCUAGUUCCAUCUGUCCUCAUCAUACUAUUUUACCAAAAAGUCAUAAAGUAUAUUUGGAGAAUAGGUACAGAUGGCAGGACUGUGAGAAGAACUAUGAAUAUCGUACCAAGAACAAAGGUUAAAACAAUCAAGAUGUUUUUGAUGUUAAACUGUAUGUUCUUAUUGUCUUGGUUUCCUUUUUAUGUGGUUCAAAUCUGGCAACCAGAUCAGCUGGAUUACACAGGAUGUUCAGCAGUCUUUCUAUCCAUCGCACUGGUGUCUUUUAGCUCUUCAGCAUCUAAACCCAGCCUCUACUCAAUUUUCAAUGCAAACUUCAGGCGAGGUAUGAAGGAGACGUUCUGCAUGUCGUCAAUGAAAUGUUACCGUAGCAAUGCAUACACCAUCACUACCAGCUCCAGGAUGGCAAAAAAGAAUUAUGUUGGCAUCACUGACAUUCCUGCACCCACCAAAACCAUUACUAAAGAUACAAUAUAUGAAACAUUUGACAGGCAAGCAAGAGAGAAAAAACUUGCAUGGCCUAUAAAUUCAAAUCCUCCAAAUACAUUUGUAUAA